GUCGGGAUACUCAAUGCGGAAGUGACGUAAGAACACAUCCGCCGCUGUCAAGGGCAUCGAAAACUAACGUUGGACAAACCUAGCGGUAGCAGUUCGCACGUGUGUUCAAAGAAGACCGAUAAAGUUACAGUUUUCGGUAACGUGUACGGUAGACAUGGACGGGUUCGGUUCAGACUUCCCGGCGGGGGGGUCCGGUGGUAAAGUGGACACCGGGACGAUCAUGGAGCAAGUCAAAGUGCAGAUCGCGGUGGCUAACGCUCAGGAGCUGCUGCAGAGAAUGACGGACAAAUGCUUCAAGAAGUGCAUAGGCAAACCUGGAAGCACGCUGGACAACUCUGAGCAGAAAUGCAUUGCCAUGUGUAUGGACCGGUACAUGGACGCCUGGAACACCGUGUCCCGAACGUACAACUCCAGAUUACAGAAAGAAAGAGCUCGCAUGUGAACGUCCCUCUCUUCACACGUCCCUUUCCCGCCGCUGCUUACAGUGAGGAGGAGCACAGUGUUUCCACAGGAGCUGUGCACACUCACAGGUGUGCCGUGGCAUCAGCAGACCAUCAUCAUCCUCUCAGACGGGCGAGCAUGCGCCUGUGGACUCUAGCCAUAACAAUGUCUCUGUGGACAUUUCCAUCUUGCGCAGAGGAACAGUCCAGUAACAAAGUUUGAUGUAUAUGUACUGUUGCAAUCAGGGCUGCAGCUCAGUUAUUUUCUACAUCGGUUAAUCGUUUGGUCUGUAAAAUGUCCAUCUCAGUUUCUCAAAGUCCAAGUUGGUCAUUAAAUGUCUUGUUUUGUCCAAAACUCAAAGAUAUUCACUUUAAUGGUAUGAAAGAAAAGCAGGAAAUCUACAUUUGAGAGGCUGAAAACAUGAAAACAUGAACCAUUACUUGAAUAAUCGAUUAUAAAAAUAGUUGCUAGUUCCUGUCGAUCCUCUAGUUGUCUUUAAAUAAUAACUGCAUGAGCUUCCUACAGUGUGACACUAACACCUUCCUGCCACCAAAUAUAUAUAUAUAUAUAUA